AUGGCAGCUACUCUUUAUUGUCUCAACAGACAAGAUGAAGCCGAAAAAUGCUGGGUCAGGGCAAUCAAGACUCGCCCGCAAUACCUCGAGGCUGUAGAACAUUUGGUUGGUCUUCUUUACAAGAAAAAGAGCCUCGACGCCGUCGACAUCAUUAGCUUCGUACAAAAGGCUUUGAGACUGCCAAUGGAUUCGAUGGAUCACACUGGGUACAGCUCUUCCGAUACUCAACCAGAGACGUCAACUAACUUGGCAUCGAGUCUGCUGAAAGAAAACCGGUCUCAGCCUGGAUUCGGCUCGAGUGGUUAUGCCAUCCCGGGGACCGAGAAUGGUCGCAUUCUCGCCCUUGUUCAUGCCAAAGGAACAAUGCUAUACAGCCUAAAAGAUAUUGCCGGAGCGUCUGACGCCUUUGAAGAAGCGGUCUUAAUAAGCUCGGGUAGACGAACAACGUCUGUCCAGACACUUGUCCGACAAAUUCAACAGGUCCUCGCGCCAAAUAGUGGCAUUCAAGGUGUCGCCGACACAGUAGCUCCGGUCCGACCUUUAUUGUUGCCACCUGAAAAGGCGAGGUGUACUGCGAAACUGGUCUUCUCCAACAACGGCGACCUCCCAGGCCUGCGGUUCGUGCCUGAGGGUGGACCCAAAAGAGCGGCCGUCCAAACCACGAGCAAUUCGUUGCUGUCUCUUGCCAAAAUAUUCCAGGAUGCCAUGUCGUCGGGAUCCCCAGCCGCGGGCCUCGCUAGGAAGUCGACCGGAGUUGGCGAUAUCCUGUCUCUGUAUUAUCUAUCGCUAUCCUUGCAGGAGAGUCCCUCUACAGCCAACAAUGUGGGCAUCCUGCUCGCCAGUGUCCAGCAAACCGCAGCAGCCUGUUCACCUGGGACGUUGUCGUCCCUGCCCAGCAUUCCCGGUAUCCCGCCUGGUAGUGGACUUGCACUGGCCCUCGCAUACUACAACUAUGGUCUCACACUAGAUCCCAAACAUGUUCAUCUGCACACGAAUCUCGGCAGUCUUCUCAAAGACAUUGGACAACUUGAUCUUGCUAUUCAGAUGUACGAACAGGCUGUCCAGUGCGAUGGCAACUUCGACAUCGCUCUGACAAACCUUGCCAAUGCUGUGAAAGAUCGUGGACGCAUCAGCGAUGCCAUUGCAUACUACAAACGAGCUGUGCGCUCUAAUCCCGAUUUCGCCGAGGCAGUUUGUGGGCUUUCCACGGCCUUGAAUUCGGUAUGCGAUUGGAGGGGCCGUGGUGGCGCACUGUUGCAUGGUGGGGUGUACGAUCGCUGGCAUGUCGAUGAUGAUGGCAUGAUCUUUGAUGCCACGAAGCAAGACCAAGGCUCCGGGCUUACGAAGAAGGUUGUCGACAUUGUAUCUCGCCAGCUUGCUGAUGCUUCAACUUGGGGAUUAGGCGUCUUGCAAGAGAACGACAUUGCGGACUUGGCUCCGCAGCUUUUCAGAGCCGCAGGCCAAUCGCCGGACACAGGCGCAGACUUCGACUUCAAGUUACGAAGCUGGUCUAAAAGCCCCUGGGAAGGCUCGCGACUGUUAAGGCUUGUGGAGCGGGCUACACGGGCAUUAAUGCGGCAGUGGUACUGUGACAAGUACGUCCGUGGACUGAAGACGACAUGCGAGUACAAACGGCCUCAGCUGCCAUCCAACCUCACGGUGCCAUCUGCCCCAACGGUUUUGCCUUUUCACACUUUCACGUGUCCUCUGACGGCCAAGGACAUCCGCAUGAUAUCGCAGCGCAACGCUUUUAGGAUCUCUUGCUCAACCCUCCGCUCCCCAUGGCUUCCCAGCACAGUCUAUCCACCGCCGCCGCCGCCGUCUCCCCAAUUAAACGUUGGCUAUGUUUCUUCGGAUUUCAAUAACCACCCCUUGGCUCAUCUGUAA